AUAUUUAUGUAAUUCGAGUCGACGAAAUUCUAUAGAAAUAAUUUUUGGAAGAAGAUGCCCAACAGUUUCUGGUGCCAUUGGUCUUGCCCAAUGAACUUGUACAAAUUGAAUAGAAUUUUCUUGCAAAUGCGUUUGUUUUAUCUAUUAAUUUGUUUGAUGCGUACAGUGAAAACAUUUCUAUCGACCUCAAAUACUGAUCAGCGCCGCCGGCGGUUGAGGUGGCGCUAGUAUAUAAAGAAAGUAAGGUGAAGCUUUGAUACACCCAAGCCAUUCUAAGUAAUCAGCUGUUAAAGGGUUUCAUUGUUGUCACAUCCCUUUAUCUUAAAAUUUAAACAAAUAUGAAAGGAAAGAAUACACAGUCAAGAUUGGUCGAUACUGCACAAGUGAGGACAAUCACAGAUAAAAGGAAAAUACUGGAGAGAAAUUCGGCACAGAUUCGUUCUACAGUGUCAAAAUGCUUUAGUCAACUGUCAAAUUCGCUUAAAAUUCGCGAGAAACAGUUGUUACGUCAAAUCGAAGUAAUUCACAAUCAACAAUUAUGCAUAAUUCAGUCAAAUUGGGAGCUCCUGCCCUCAGUACCAUUCAUCAACAUAAAUCUUGAUAACUGGCAGUAUUUAGAAUCCUCCAUCCUGAAACUUGGAACACUAGAACUACCGGACAAUGACGGACUCGUUGUAAAAGACGUCGAACCGUACAAAAUUGAGGAGUACGAGGAAACAAACAAAGAUCAUGUUAGCUUCGACAAAUCAAUCAAACUCGAAAAUCAUACUGAGAGUAUCAAUAGUUUAGACAGGGAAAUGAAUUUAUCUGAAUCACCCACCCGCUCAGUUCAUUGUGAUUCCAACGUAGGUCUAGACGAUCCUAGGAUUGUAGAGAAAAAAGGGGAAAUUGAAAAUAACAAUUGCUCACCUCUGUGUUCACCUGUCUCAGCAGCGCAGAUUAACAUGGCUAUUGAGUGCCAGGAUAUUUCACAAGUGAAAAGUCUCAAUUUUAAUUGCCGUUCACCUGACUCUUCAAUUAAUUACUUUGAGGAUCAAACUAUUGGAACGACUACUCUAGCCUCUAAAAUCAAUUUAAAUUCCAGCAAAGGAGAACCCCAAAUUCUGGAAAUAUCUGAAAUCAUUACAGAUGAAAAAAACAGUCCAGUUUCAGUUGAUAAUGAGCCAAAAAAAAUUGUAGAAGGCUCAAACAAUAGCGAAAACAUUGAAAGACAUCAGCAUCCAAAACAAAUUCAGCAAUGGCUCCAGCAGAUCCUUGUGGAGACAGAGACAGAGCCAGUGAUUCAUGAAAUCGAGCCCUUCGCUGAAAUAUCAAAUUCUAGAUUCAGAGAACUUGAACUUCCAUUGAGAACUUGAAGUGUUGAGCUCAUUAACUAUGAAUUAAGGGAAUUGUUCAGUAACUUAAUAUUUGCAAUAUUUAUUGUAGCUUUCAGAUACUUAAUUCUAUCAUUUCAUUUCCAAACUGGGGCCAAAGUUUUUACGUCCAUAAAAAACCCUAAGGGGUGUGAUUUUUUAAAACUUCUGUUGCCGUACUGAUUCCAAGACAUUGAAUUUUUGUUUAAAUUCGUCUUGGUAUCUCCAGCCUCAAUCACUCGGAAUAUAUACAUCUAAUUUCAUGAAAAUUUUAUUACAUUGUAAAUGUAUUUAGACAGUUCUUGUGAUUUUUAAAAAUGUCAGAAGGAGAACGAUAAGAAGAAUGAAUUGUAACAUUAUUAUUUAACAAUAAAGAAAACGAAUAAAUAAAAAAAAUCUUCUUGUACAUGAAUUUAAGGGUGUAUGGA